UGUGAUGUGGUGUAUAUUAUAUAUUUUAUGGGGAGAGUGUGGUUCACUGGGGCAAAAAUGGAUAUGGUCGUUCUUAAUGUUUCACCCCAAACUGUAUAUGACUUGCCAACGAAUUACGAAAGACAAUACUGCUCCUGCAGGAUCAUAAAAACCAUGAUUAAUUUUGAUGGUGAAAAUGCAGCAUUGGUAAAUCCAACAGUUCAAAAAUUACGAGAUCGAGUUAAAUUAAUUGAUAAAAAUUUAAAAAAUACACUUGUAGAUUUUCAAGGCAGUGCACAUUUUUAUUAUGCAUAUAAUAAACAAUUUCAAGAUAUCAAUCAAGCUAUUCAAACAUUUGGUGCUAAUUUAAAAGAUCAAUUUCUAAUGGCUCAACAACAAGGACGAAAAAAUCUUAAUAGAUGUUAUCAAUCAAUGUUAAAUGAUCUUAACAGAGCUAAUGAAACAGUUUACAGUGAAAGUCAAAAAUGUCAAUCAAGCUCAUUUGAACAUUGUGUUAAAGAAAUUGAGUUAGCUCUUCAGAUUGGUCAUCAGUUGGUAUUAGAUUUGGAUAAACUUGAGUAUCAUUGUUCUCAUUCAGGACAAAAAAAUAUGGAAACAUAUUGUAUUGCUGAAAAAAUGCCACGUGUAAUUUAUUGCAUGAAAACAUAUGAGAGUAUUGAAAAACAAUUGAAAAGUCAAAUUGAAAAUUCAGCUACUUUAUUGAAAAUUUCAAUACGUAGAUGUUUUGAAAAUGUUUUAAUGAAACUUCAAGGUUUUUUGCAAGAUAUACGAGUAUCUGCUCUUAUGUUUAGUUUAAUUGUUGCUUCUAAUCACAGGCAGUCUAAUGAAUUUUUAAAAUUCACAGAUAAUCAAUAUCUUAAUGAUGUUCAAGCUACUGCUGAUCAAUUAAGAAGGAAAAGGGAACAACCAUCAACAAGCCCAUGGCCCAGUGAGGCAAUGUCUGGAGAAACAAGCUCAAAAAAAUAUUCACGUAAAAAUGAAGAAAUUCAAUCAAAUGGUUUUUCUUUAAGUCGAGUACGUCGACAGAUUUCCGAAAAUCAUGAUAAUCAGUAUUUCAUUAAUAUAAUUAUUUUUGCUGACAAGUCAAUGUCUGAUCAUUAUGGAAAUGAACUUAAAGACUACAUUAAACUCAUCAUGGCAAAAGUAACGAGAAUAAAACGCUUGUUUCCAGAUAGUGACAAACAUAGUACUGCAAUUGGUCUGGCUAAAGGAGGCACAAUAUGCAAUCCAAAUUUAUCUUGUACAGCAAUACAAGAUGGUCCGUAUCCAACAGCACCAACUAUCGCACAUGAAAUCGGUCAUUUAUUGGGAAUGAAGCACGAUGGUGAUUAUCCCAACAAUACAUGCUUUAAAAAUGACAAAAACAGAUCAUUACAUUUGAUGAAUUUUCAAGCAAUAAAUAAACAUCCGUUGAUGUGGUCCAAUUGUUCUGAUGAAUACGUUACACGAUUUCUUGAAUCUGGUGGUGGUGACUGUCUCCUUGCCAAACCCAGAGAAAAAUUUGAUGAAACAAGAUAUCGACAUUUAGGUGAACAGUAUUCACUUAAUAAAACGUGUGAAAUUGCAUGGGGCCCAGGAUAUUAUACAACUAAAUUGAAUGAUGAUGAAAAAUGUGGGAAAUUCUGGUGUUAUCAUAAAAAUAGAGAAAUGGCGAAUAUUGUGUCUCGUUGGCUUAUAGUGCCAGAUGGCACAACUUGUGGCGAUAAUAAAAUAUGCUAUGAAGGUGAAUGUAUCUCGACAAAUAAAAUGAUACCCGUCAAUGGUGGAUGGAGUGAUUACGGAGAUUUUGGUGAAUGCUCAAGAACUUGUGGUGGUGGUAUUAAAAUAAGAUAUCGAUAUUGUAAUAAUCCAACACCAAUGUACGGUGGUCAAUAUUGUUUAGGAAAAAAAAAAGAUUAUGAAAUUUGUGCUUCUAAUAAAUGCCCUGAAGGAUCACAAGAUUUUAGAGACAGCCAGUGUGCUGAAUUUAAUAAUAAAAAUUUAAGUAGUGUGGGUAUUCAAAGUAUAAGUGUCAAUUGGAAAUCUGAUGAAGCUGCUGAUUACCCUUGUGUGUUGUAUUGUCAAAAUGAAAACAAAGAUUAUCAUCCAUCACAAAAUCAAGUGAUUGACGGCACUCCAUGCAAAGGCGACAAUUCUCAUAUGUGUGUUCAUGGUGUAUGCAAAAAAUAUGGAUGUGAUUAUAAAUUAAACUCAAAUGCUGAACUGGAUAUUUGUGGUGUUUGUAAUGGAAAUAAUUCUACUUGUCAUAAAAUUACAAAAAAAUUCACUUUUACACCAACAUCUGAACAUCAAAAUCUACCAAGUUAUCAUCACGUUUAUACAAUUCCAGCUGGGAGUCAUCAUAUUGAUAUUAAACAGUACACCAUAAAUCCAUCAUCUGAUCGUAACAAUUACAUUGCAUUAAAGCUUGCUAAAAUUGGAAAUUAUAUUUUAAAUGGUGUCAAAGGUGGUAUAAAACGGUACUCCCAAGUUUACGAAUCAAAUGGAAUUAAUAUUGAAUAUAGUGUUAUUAAUGAUGUCUCCAUGCGAGUAAAUAUUACCAAGCCUAUUGUCGAUUAUCUAAUUGUUGAGGUAUUAUUUACAUAUGAGUUUGUACUUACACAAACAUUGUUAGAAUUCUAUAUUCCAAGUAGAAGUAAUCGACAUAAUUAUGAUUGGAAAAUUGGUGAAUGGUCACGUUGUAAUGCAACUUGUCAAGGUAUCAAAAACAGAGUUAUUAAAUGCCAAAGAACAGAGGAUAGUAAAAUAGUGGCAGAUGGUUUUUGUGAAACUAAACAACCAAAAAGUUCCAUGGAAUGUAAUUCAAAUUGCGUUUUACGAUGGGAUAUUAAAAGUAAAACAGCCUGUUCCGCAAAGUGUGGACAUGGUACAAGAAAUAUAAAUUACAAUUGUGUACGAGAUUUUAUUCAGGAAACAAUUAGCACUGUUGAAAAAUUGGAUCCAACAUCUUGUUCACACAUUGAAAAACCAAUUGAAUCUGAAGAAUGUUAUACAAAUUGUUCUGCAAACUGGAAAUAUUCAAAUUGGGGAGAGUGUAGUGUUACUUGUGGUGGUGGUGGUGUUAGAAUAAGAAGAGCACAGUGUAUUGACAAUACUGGACGAAAAUUAAACGAAAAUAUGUGUAAUUUAAAAAAAGACCUGAUAGAAUCAUGUGGUCUCAAUGAAUGUCCUAAGUGGGUCGCAGGACCAUGGUCAGCUUGUUCAGUUAGUCUUGGUAAAGGUAAAAAAGAAAGACAAGUUACAUGUCAAAAUGGAAAUACAGCAAUUGAUAAUUCAUUUUGCAAUGGAUCAAUGCCUAUCAAUAAAAAAAUUUGCAAUAAACGUUCUACUGAUCCAAAUAAAAAAAAACUUAAUUAUUAUGACAGAGCCUUAAAAUUAAUUCAAAAAAUGGAUAGUGUCAUAAAUGAUUUAAGGAAUCAACGCUUAAAACUGAAGAGAAUUUUUAAAAACGAUGAAAGAGUAUUACUGGAACAGCAGAAUCAACAAAUAAAAAAUUCAUUCAUUCAAUUUCAGAAGGAUUCUGAAAAUGCUCACAAUCAUGGAGCUGAUUACAAAACAUGUGAUGACACAAUUAAUGCAACAAUAAAAAAGAAUCUCGACAGUGCAUUUCAUAGUCUAAGUAACUGUUUCACUACUAUAUCAAAAACUUUCAUAUUAAAAAUCAAUCAAAUUAACUCCGAAAUAAAGCGUGGGCGCCAAAUGUAUACUCAUACAAGCAAUCUCAAAAACAAUUGUAGUGAAAACAAUAUUGAAAUAUCAAGAAAAUAUUGUAAUUCUGAAAAGGAAUUUGCUACUGAAUUAAUUGAGGCACUUAGAACCAGCACGAAAGAGUUUCAAGAUUAUACAACAGAGUUUUUAAGGACAAAAGAUUCAUGUUAUAAUAAGGCUACUGAAUUGUUCAGCCAAUCAGUUAAAAAUGCUCGUAAAUCAUUCAUAUCUUGUCAUUUGCAUUAA